UUGUGCCAUUUCCCUCCCGCAGCAGACAUAUUCAUCAUUUUAUAUUCACACAGCUGGAAUAUGCAGCAGUAUCAACAGAACUGGUUGCUUCUGUUGGUGUCUGCCUGCUUCGUUUCGUGCGUUGAAAUCGGCGCAGCCGGGAAUGUGGCACGGAAGCACAACGACAGCAACGGCCAUGAGGCAGCGGACGCUGACGCCGAAACCUUCAACAAGACCGAAGUCAACGUCAAAAGUAUGCCCGUGCAAAAAGGCAAAGUCGACGAGCAAAGUCACAAGCCCAUCUCGGAGAGAAAAUCGCGAGUUAAUAACGCGUUGAACACAAUCGGGAAGUUAUUAAAAACUAAUCCCCUGAAAACCAUCAGCAACACAAUUAAAAACGUCAUCAAUCAGAACAAAAGUAACAAGAAAAGCAAUAAAAAAGGAGCUAAUAAGGCGCGGGCCAGCGCCACGAUUCAGUCGAACAAUGGAGACUCGGGAGUUACAACUGACGCACAACCACCUGAAACUGGAACUAAACUGGCAGGCGUUGUGGUCGACGGUGGAAAAUCUGCAAAUCAGUCGGGAAACACUGGCGAGGAAUUCCCAGCGUACGGAGGUGAUUAUUCAAACGUGGAUGAAAGUCCCGUAAUCUACGAAGACAAUCCUACAACGCCUCCGAAAAAAGGCAAAAAGCAAGGCGGUAAGAAGAAGAAGAAGCAUGGCAAAUUCAAACAUAGUGGAUAUAAGCACAACCAGGGCAAGAAUACGGUUCUAAUAACAACACCUGACCCUGCUGCUGAGUAUGCUUAAAAAUUGCGGUGAGCUGGAGUUUCCUUUAAAUAUUUUGUAAUAUAUUGAACUGUAAUUGACAUAACAUUUAUAAUUAAACAAU